GUUCACGAGAUCAAGAAAGCAAGCUCGUUUCGAUGACCGAACGAUUCCCACCACCGAGAGGGUCAUUCGCAGGGAUUGUGGCACGGGAGAGAUUAUGGACGGCAGCCAGGUGGGAUCGAGAGCUCGCCUCGAGGGCGCCACGUCCAAGAACGAUUGUCAUUCUCCAACGCCGUGUGCAUUCCUUUUUCUUUCGCAUGGAGGUGUGCCAUCUCCACAACACCAACCUCAACUCGGGCGAAGGGUGUAUCAUUCAAUUGCAUCUGGCACGAAGAACGGUUCCCGGUGGCUUGUGGGCGUCAAUAAACGUGGUGAUGGGACGGGAAGAGGUGGUUCGAAGAUGGCAAUCGGCGGCAAGGAAGGGGUGUGGUGCCUGGGGAAGUGCGUCAAUAUAUAUCGCUCAAUGGAACGCGAAUGCAAGCCACGCCGUCGUUGGUGUCAUCGCUGGAUAAGUGUGCAUGUUCUGUGUCCAUCCUCGAAGCACCAAUGUGUAAGCCGAGCAGCGACGAGAGUAGGCACAUCUUGUGGAAGACAAAGUACCGCCAUGAGUCUUGUUCGAGGAAGCAGUGCUGUCAGCGUGUUCCGAUGGAAGAAGUUCGUAUACUUGAAGUUGUUGACAACAGUUAAUCAACAGAGAUCGUCGUGAAGAUGUCUUGUCAGAGUCAAUUGCCAAGGGAAAAGGCAGCUGUUUUCUACAAUCCUGAACGCAGUGGGGAUGUUGCUGUGCCACAUGGAUGCAGAUUUGCAACCUCUAGCUGGAUGGCAAUCACCUCGGGGAUGUAUUUGAUGCGCAUGGCAGAGGACUCUCGGAGGUGUCAUGUCGGACGCCACGCAUAUUCAUGCUUCCAGGAGCAAGCAUCAUCCUUGUUGCUUGGAUACGCUGACCAACAUCAGGGGCUGAUCGAAUCGUCGGCCCGGUCGACAUGCUACCUAUGUCU